UCAGCAUGAAUACUGACCGAUCCGUGCCCAGAGAACAAACACAUCAUCUUGUUUUUGAGAAACCAAAUAUAGCAUCGGUCCAAUGGAGAGCGCUCUCUUAUCAGCUUCCCGCUUUCUCCCUUCACAAAAUAGAGAAUUGGGUGGAAUAUUGAGGAAUUUCCAGAGCCCAUUUUAUGGGACAUCGAUAGCUAAAAGAAGCUUUGCUGGUCGACAUGUCAGUGCGCGGAAUGCUGGCAGCAGCAUAGUAGCCUCAGUGCUUGGUAGGGAGGUCAAGAAAGAAACUGUGAUCCCUGAUCCAGAUUACAGGAUUCCAAUUGUCCUGCUAGGUUUUGCUGGUGGCUUAAUUUAUACAGAGAAUUUACUUCCAGCAGUUCCUGUUGGUCUUCUUGGAUUACUACUACUGUUCCAGACAACUAGGGUGAGAUUUGUCUUUGACAACGAGGCUCUGGAGGUGAAAAUAGGAGACCAACUCAAGGAGUCAGGUGAAAACGUUUUUGUGGGUGGACAAAACCGUUGGAAAUACUCUACAUUUGUCAACUGGGAGCUUUGGUGGCCAAAUUUUCCAAUUCUAGUGUAUUUUAAGGAGACACAAACGAAGCCUGAAGGACAAAUACACUUUUUCCCAGUAAUUUUUAAUGGGAAGCAGCUAUAUGAUGUUAUGGUGGAACGAGCUGGCCCUUCGGAAACUAGCAGCCCAAAGCAGUCAUAAUCUCACGGCAAUGACUACCUGCCAUGCCAUGUGAGAUCAGACAUCUCCAUAUAAUGAGGUACAAGAGUCUUCUCUCUGUCACAGGGCUUUCAUUUGUACAUAUAUAGAACAUGUAUUAUUUUCAGUGUAGACCAAUCUAUGCGUUUGAAGAAAACUUGGAACAUAUGUUUUUAUUAUGGUGCCGGACUUGUAGGAAGUUUUAGUGCAGCUAAAUUGAAGAACAAACAAUGAAGUGUAUACAAAAAGGUAUAUUUGUAAUAGUUUCGCAGGUCCUCUCAUUAUUCUCAUUGUCCCGUUAGAGAUAUGUAGUGUGAUUUGAAGAACGUCUAUGUAUAUGUAUUCUCUUUCAACUUGGUCUUUUGCUUGAGAAAAUGGAAACUUACUGAGUAUAAUUAAUUUGAUGAGUUUUUUCAGUUA